AUGUUAGCGCCGUUGAAUUGCAUCCACCCUGCCCUCCGGCACCCCCGACCAGUCACGGGAGACUUCGCAAAAGCACAGCGCAUGCUGGGGCUGGUUGCAGACUCAGAAGAAGCCAAAUUACAGCGUGAGAAGUCAUUCACUACAAGAUGGUUGGAGAGGCCACUCUACGCACAUCUAGACGUUUCAGAUGUGGAGUCUGGAAAAGAGAGCGAUGACGACGAUUCUUCUCGAGCCCUCGACGCACCUAGGACCCACAGACGCCAAGACAGUCACACAACCAAGGAAUACGACAUCUCACCUGAGGUAUCACAGAGGCACUGGACCAAGCCAAAUCGACCGUCACCGGCGUCCUUCGACUCAUCAGAAGCAGUACAAAGGCUGGCGGAGCCUAAGGUCAGCAAGCUUGAGAAGUCUUUCGACAUCAAGCGAGUAGAGACAACGGACUGGAUGCCACCAUCUUACAACCCGGAAGAGAUCCAGUCGAUAGCUUCCUAUUCAUCGUCACCAGAAUGGGCUGCUCUAUCGAAGACGCUCAAGCAGAAUGCCCGUCAGCAGCGUCCAGUAUCGCUGCAGCUCGACAAUCCCAACCUCCUAGCAAAGCCUAGCUUCUCUUCGAUACCGAGUUUCUCGUCGUUCGACAAUGCCGAACCAGACCUGCGCCUUAAACAUCCCCAAACAUGGGCUGCCCCGCCGGCACAUCCAGCACAACCAGCACAUCCUCCGCGCUCUGAAUCUUAUGAGUCUGGACGAGAAAGCUUCGAGUCUAUCAGCAAGCCAUGGCUGGAGGGCAGGCCGCGUCCCAUGUCAUUUGCAGCAUCUCACUCGCGCAACCGAUCGAAGACAAAGAUUGCGUCGUCGAGAAGUUCCAGGUUGAACAGCUACCCAAAUUUUUCACACAAAAUAUCUGGGGAAAACCCAGACAUCCUUGUCAACGAACACAUCGAUCAGGAUGCCACACACGGCGCACAGGAGAGACAACCCGAGAAGGACACUCUAGUAGAAUCACCUAUGCCGUUAUCAGCGCCGCCCUUCACACGCAAGAACACAUUCGAGCGCAUUGGGGGCAGGAUGUUGAGCGACGAGGAGAAAGAGGUCGAGAAGGAGAAGGCAGCCAGAGCAGAGAAGGGAAGCAAGACCAAGAAUCGAUGGUCCACAAUACCGAGCCUACUCAAAUUUGCAAAGCCAGCGAGACGUCGUGCGUCCAACGCCAACGAACUCGACAGGAUCAGUGUUGUCGAGGAUUUCCGUCGUGUAAGCCAGAACGCACCUGAGCAACACAACCAGGCUCCCAUAAUCACCCACCGCUAUUCAUCAUACGAUGAGCCUCCUCGAGGCGAAGCCGAGCCUACACCGUCGCCACGCCCACACUCGCAGCUCAAGCCACUCGACCUUCUUCCUACACCACAGCACUCACCGCUCGCCAUGACGUUCGACAGAUCGCCCCGCAACUCUGUUGUCCUUCCCCCACCCUUCGCACCAUGGACAGGUGCGGCAGAUUCGAGCGCUGGUGCGCCACCUACUCCACCCUCUUCAAUCUCCAACCCGAUGAACAAUCCUCAGCGACGAAAGAGUAGCAACCCCCUGCUGUCCCCAAGCCAGGGCUACCCUUCACCACUCAGUCCCAACUCGCCGCGCGAGACUUUCGACAGCCGCCCCACGUCACUCCACUCGCACCGCAGCAGCACAUUCUCUUCGCACAUGGCCACAAGUCUGACCUCACCAACGAGUGCUUCCAGCACCGCCCCUUCGCGUCUAAGCUUCAUCUCACCCACGGCUAUGACCUCUCCUCAGCCUGCUUUCGCGAGCUCAUCCACCUCGACACCACGUCGUGGCACCCCAAUGCUCGAGCGCACAUGUCUGCUCUGUCGAGCCUCAAAGCCAAUGGACGACUUCAGCGCACGCAGAAUAACGGGGAACUGCUGGCACGAAACGUCAACGUGCUUGUCAUGUAUGCAGACAUGGGUUGAGAACAGCAUGGACAAGAGGGAGAGGUGUAUGUGUCCCGAGUGCGGGGAAAGCAUGGGGUAUGAGGAUGUCAGUGCUUUCACUGUUGAUGCUCUAGGCGGAAGGGCGAACGGCAGGCACUGGAUAUAA